AUGAUGGCGCCGGAGUGGUGGUGGGCGCCGCUGCCGGCGUGGCUGAGCUCCAGUGCGUUGUGGUUCCUCCUCGUAAACGCGGUCGUCGCCGCCGUCGCCGUCCUCUCCAGGGCACGCCCGCCGCUGCCGUCUCCACGACGCGGGUCCGGGGUCACGCCGAGGGCCUCCUCCGCGGUGCUGCAGCGCCUCCGCUCCUUCUCCAUCUUCUCCUUCCCCUCCGCCUGCUUCAACACCACGCCGUUCCCGCACCCUGACGCCGCCACCGCAGCAACCGCCAGCGCCGAAACAGAGGAGCCGGCGACGACACCGACGACGACCAAGCCGUCCCCCCGCGCGCUCCCACUCCCGCCAUCGCCGCUGUCGUCGUCGGGGCGCGCGCCGGGGGCAGAAGACGACGAGCCCAGCGGGAUGAGCAUGGACGAGGCCUACGCGCUGGCGCUGGAGGCGCGCCGGCGGCCGGACCGGGAGAGGGAGGAGGAGGCCAGGAGGUCCGAGGUGGACGCCAUGGACGACGAGUUCAUCCGCGGCUUCAAGGAGGACCUGCGCCAGCAGCGCCUCAACUCCAUCUUCAACUACACCCAGAUGCUCAAGCAGCGCGCGCUCGGCGGCGCCGCCGCCCGCCGGCAGCCAGAUCAGCUUUGA